AUGACGCAGAGAAAUUCAGAUGCAAUCAUUGAUAUCACGCAUCCGAUUAAAUGCAUCAUUAUCAAUUGGGAACGUGCACUUGAUCACGUAGAGUAUGUAAUAGAAGUAACGAAUCAGUUACGAACUAUAAAACCGUGGCGUAUUCAGCGGCGUUAUGGACAAUUUCUGAAACUUAAUGCAGAAAUUGAAAAAUUUGGUAUUGAUUUAGAGUUUCCUCCAAAGAAAAUUAUUGGAAAUACGAAGGAACCCUUCAUCAAACGACGUAUGCUAGCACUUCAGGCUUUCCUUGAUGUUAUUUGUCUCCAUCCAGUUCUUUAUACAUGCCCACCAGUAGUCAGUUUUCUCGAAAGCUUCACCGAUUCAGAUGUCGAUUUACAUGAAUGGAUACUUCUAUCGCUCCGUGAUAAGCGUGAAUGGCUUAUUGAGAAACCUAGAAAACACUGUGGCUGGCGACCUGGCAAAGUGCAUUAUGAAGUCAAAUAUUGUCAUUCAAAAUUCAUGCUCUCCGGUGUUCGUUAUGGUCCAGACCGUUUUGGUACAGUGUCAGGUCUUAACAGUGUUUUGCAAUUUUUACGAAGCUUACAAUGUUCGCACUUAAAUGAGAGCGUUGCAAGUUGGGCUACUGAUGGUGGAAUCAUUUAUGUUAGAUCUAUUUUUAAGGAUGGAACAUUACGUGAUCAGUUGUGUAAGAGCGACUGGAAAGAUAAAUUUUUAACGAAGUACCGUGUAGAUAAUCCAAUAUGCUCGUUAGGGAAUCACGACAUUCGUUUUAUUAGUCGACAGUUGUUGGAAACAUUAACUUUCCUGAAUGCAGUCCCUGUACCAUAUCUUGAUAUACAUGCUGGAAAUAUUGUGGUCACAGAAUUUGGCUGCGAACUGAUAGAUUUAGAUCAAGUAUUGAGUGGGCAACCAAGUUUGCGGCGUCCAUCAUUAUUAAACUCUAACGCUAUAGAUAGCCUGGAGGACAUGUUUGUAUUUUCCUUCGGAGAAUUUUUGUUUGAACUGUUUACGGGUUUCUUAACUUUCCCUAUGCAUUCAGCUAUUCAAGCAAUUGCUUCUGUACCACCCAUGUUUCAGCCUUUGUUGAGCUCAAUAUUGCUUCCAGAAGUUCGAUCUCUUCCACGACUGCAAGAAUUAAUUGAUUCAUGUUUAUUUAUUGAUAUCCCAGUGGUAAGAAUCAGACAAAGAAAGAUUCGAAUACCGAGUGAUGUAAAAGAAGUCUUGGAUGGUCUUUGCAACAACAUUUUGGAGAGAUAUAAAAAGGAUUUAGUCCAGGUAAUCCUAUAA